AUGUUCAACAUAGAUUUGGGAAAGCCUGAAGUAGAUUUAACAGUCUGCGAUUAUACAGAUAUCCAAAUGUACGUAUCAUUAUUAAGAUAUGAAUACAAAUUUGAGCCAUGGUCAAAUGAUUCCAGAUAUUUAUAUUCACAUGAAAAUAUGCAAAGAAUCAUAAAAGAAUUAAAUAUAUUAAUGAAAUCUAAAAUACCAUCGUUUUCAGUAUUUUUUAUUUCAACAUUUUCAUAUGCACUUAUGGUUACUAGUUAUGUAGGAAUAUUUAUAUUUUACAUAAUAGAGUAUGAUUUAUUCAUAGCAUUUUUAUUUUCCUGCUUAUUUUUAAUUGCUUUUGUUCAUUACAUUAUGUGUAUGAUAUAUAGAUAUAUAGUAACUAAAAGUGUCAUAGAAUCAAUUGAAAAAAGAAUUAAACAUUUAAAUAAAAAAUAUAAAGACGAACAAAUUUACUUUAAGUUAAUUAAUUUUAGUGGAUUAGGGUUUAAAUAUUUGAAGAUUUUACCUACAUUCAGAGGACAAAAAUAUUUUACUUUGAGAGUAAUAUAUAUGUAUUGUAAAUUAAUUUAA